AAAAACACCACGACGAAAGGCCAAAAUUCCAACUGAAAAAACUCUCACAUUUCAAUCAGAAUAUAAAGCUUACCACUUUACCAGAACUUCGGGUGGUUCUGCUUCAUAAACCUCUCCUCUUCCCUAUCCUCCUCUUUUUCUCUCUUCUCCACACACUCCUCUUUCUUCAUCAUCUUCAAUUUCUGCAGUUGAUUUUCAAUUUUUGAUAGAGUUUUUGGUUGAUCAAGCAAUCAUCAAUGGCGCUGCAAUCAGCGCCGAAGCUCCUAUACUCUUCUCCUUCUCCAUCGGUUUUCUCCGCUAAUGAACGCCGCGUCGCAUUCUCCGAUUUCGUUGGUCUUUCGAAGAAGCGUUCUCGUCGUCGGAGAAUCGCCGGAACUUUUCGAAACUUUCCUGCGCUUUCAGCUGUUUCGUCGGCGAUCAAAGCUGUUGUUGACGUUGACCGUGCGCAUCAUUCCACUGAUUCUGGUUCUCCUACUGUUUCCACCUCUUCUCAUCCCCUGGACCAGCAGGUUGUAAAUUUGGAGGAUAUUCUUGCGGAGAGAGGAGCUUGUGGUGUUGGAUUUAUUGCCAAUUUAGAUAAUAAGGGGUCAUUUCAGAUAGUCAAGGAUGCUCUAACUGCGCUCGGCUGCAUGGAACAUCGAGGGGGAUGUGGAUCAGAUAAUGAUUCCGGUGAUGGUUCAGGAGUAAUGACUGCGAUACCUUGGGAUCUCUUUAAUGAUUGGGGCAAAGACCAAGGAAUUGGUCCUUUUGAUCGGUCACACACUGGUGUCGGAAUGGUUUUUCUCCCUAAAGAUGAUCUCCUCGCAGAAGAAGCCAAAAAAGUUGUUCUGGAUACAUUUGCUCAAGAAGGUAUUGAGGUGAUUGGAUGGAGGUCUGUCCCUACAAAUGUCUCUGUUGUGGGUCGAAAUGCUAAAGAAACCAUGCCCAACAUACAGCAGGUUUUUGUUAGAAUUAUCAAAGAAGACAGCACUGAUGAUAUUGAAAGGGAGCUCUACAUUUGUCGGAAAUUAAUUGAAAGAGCUGCCAGUUCUCAUACCUGGGCUUCUGAGCUUUACUUUUGCUCCUUAUCGAAUCAGACAAUUAUUUACAAGGGGAUGCUUCGGUCAGAAGUUCUAGGGAUGUUUUACUACGAUCUUCAGAAUGAACGUUACACAUCACCAUUUGCCAUUUACCAUCGGAGAUACAGUACAAACACUAGUCCUAGGUGGCCACUUGCCCAGCCAAUGAGGUUUCUCGGUCAUAAUGGAGAGAUCAAUACCAUACAGGGAAAUUUAAACUGGAUGAGAUCUCGAGAACCAUCAAUACAGUCGCCUGUUUGGCGCGGCCGCGAAAAUGAAAUUCGUCCUUAUGGAAAUCCCAAGGCGUCUGAUUCUGCUAAUCUUGAUAGUGCAGCAGAGUUGUUGAUAAGAAGUGGCCGUACCCCCGAGGAAGCUUUAAUGAUUCUUGUCCCUGAGGCAUAUAAGAACCAUCCAACCUUGAUGAUCAAAUACCCCGAGGCUGUGGACUUCUAUGAUUACUAUAAGGGACAGAUGGAAACUUGGGAUGGACCGGCUUUGCUUUUAUUCAGUGAUGGAAAAACUGUUGGCGCUUGUCUGGAUCGAAAUGGCCUUCGUCCUGCUAGAUAUUGGCGCACAGUGGACAACGUUGUCUAUGUUGCGUCUGAGGUGGGAGUUUUACCAAUGGAUGAAUCAAAAGUUACAAUGAAAGGGCGUUUAGGUCCAGGAAUGAUGAUAUCGGUUGAUCUCUCCAGUGGUCAGGUUUACGAGAAUACCGAGGUCAAGAAGCGUGUAGCUUCUUCAAAUCCUUAUGGAAAGUGGGUAAAGGAAAAUCUUCGAUCAUUGAAAGCGGUAAACUUCCUUUCAAGAGCACUUUUGGAGAACGACACAAUUUUAAGAAACCAACAGGCUUUUGGCUACUCGAGUGAGGAUGUCCAAAUGGUUAUUGAAAGUAUGGCUUCCCAAGGUAAGGAGCCUACGUUUUGCAUGGGAGAUGAUAUUCCUCUGGCAGUAAUGUCUCAGAAGCCACAUAUGCUUUAUGAUUAUUUCAAGCAACGAUUUGCCCAGGUUACAAACCCAGCUAUUGAUCCUCUUAGGGAAGGAUUAGUGAUGUCUCUUGAGGUUAACAUUGGUAAGCGCGGGAAUAUUUUGGAGGUCGGACCUGAAAAUGCCUCGCAGGUUAUUUUGCCCAGUCCCGUACUAAAUGAAGGCGAGCUGGAAGCUCUUGUAAACGACCCCUUACUAAAGGCCCAAAUGCUGCCGAUCUUCUUUGAUAUAAGGAAAGGGGUUGAAGGAACUUUAGAGAAAAGACUUAAUCGGUUAUGUGAAGCUGCUGAUGAAGCUGUUAGAAAUGGUUCCCAGAUGCUUGUUCUGUCUGACCGUUCUGAGGAGUUGGAACCAACUCGGCCUGCCAUCCCAAUACUCCUUGCUGUAGGUGCUGUCCACCAACAUCUAAUCCAAAAUGGCUUGAGAAUGUAUACUUCAAUUGUGGUUGACACUGCUCAGUGUUUCAGUACUCAUCAAUUUGCUUGUUUGAUUGGAUAUGGUGCAAGUGCCAUCUGCCCGUACCUAGCGUUGGAAACCUGUAGGCAAUGGCGUUUAAGCAAUAAAACCGUGAAUUUGAUGCGAACUGGAAAAAUACCCACAGUUACAAUUGAGCAAGCACAAAAGAACUUCUGCAAGGCCGUCAAAUCUGGACUGCUUAAAAUUCUUUCAAAAAUGGGCAUCUCAUUGCUCUCUAGUUACUGCGGGGCACAAAUAUUUGAGAUAUAUGGUUUAGGAAAAGACGUCGUUGAUAUAGCUUUCCAAGGGAGUGUCUCUAAGAUGGGUGGAUUGACUCUUGAUGAGCUUGCAAGAGAGACAUUGUCCUUUUGGGUGAAGGCAUUUUCUGAGGAUACAGCCAAAAGAUUGGAGAAUUUCGGGUUUAUUCAAUUCAGGCCUGGAGGGGAAUAUCAUGUAAACAACCCAGAGAUGUCAAAGCUGUUGCACAAAGCUGUCCGCAACAAAAGCGAAAGUGCUUAUGCAGUUUACCAGCAGCAUUUGGCUAACAGACCCGUCAGCGUACUUCGUGAUCUUCUGGAGUUCAAAAGUGACCGGGCGCCAAUUUCUGUUGGUAAAGUUGAACCUGCUACAUCUAUUGUCGAACGCUUUUGUACUGGUGGAAUGUCCCUUGGAGCUAUCUCUAGGGAAACACACGAAGCAAUUGCGAUUGCGAUGAAUAGGUUAGGCGGAAAAUCCAACUCAGGAGAAGGUGGUGAGGAUCCAAUCAGAUGGCGACCCCUGACCGAUGUGGUUGAUGGGUAUUCCUCUACUCUGCCUCAUCUUAAAGGUCUUCAGAAUGGAGACACAGCAACUAGUGCCAUCAAGCAGGUUGCAUCUGGGCGUUUUGGUGUCACUCCAACAUUUUUGGUUAAUGCCGAUCAAAUAGAAAUUAAAAUUGCACAGGGUGCUAAGCCUGGUGAAGGGGGUCAAUUGCCUGGAAAGAAAGUUAGUGCAUAUAUUGCCCGAUUGAGAAACUCAAAACCUGGGGUUCCUCUUAUCUCUCCACCACCUCAUCAUGACAUUUAUUCCAUUGAAGAUCUUGCACAGUUGAUUUAUGACCUUCAUCAGAUCAACCCAAAGGCAAAGGUAUCAGUUAAACUAGUAGCAGAAGCUGGGAUUGGCACAGUUGCCUCUGGUGUAGCAAAGGGUAAUGCUGACAUUAUUCAGGUAUCAGGGCAUGAUGGUGGGACUGGAGCCAGCCCAAUAAGUUCUAUUAAGCAUGCUGGUGGUCCUUGGGAACUUGGACUAUCAGAAACCCACCAGACCCUUAUUUCAAAUGGACUUAGAGAGAGGGUCAUUCUCAGAGUUGAUGGAGGGUUGAAAUGUGGGGUUGAUGUCAUGAUGGCUGCGGCAAUGGGUGCUGAUGAGUAUGGUUUUGGUUCUUUGGCAAUGAUAGCUACUGGUUGUGUCAUGGCUCGCAUUUGCCACACGAACAACUGCCCUGUUGGUGUUGCUAGCCAGAGAGAAGAAUUACGAGCCCGGUUUCCUGGCGUGCCUGGUGAUCUGGUGAACUUCUUCCUGUAUGUUGCUGAGGAGGUAAGAGGGAUCUUGGCGCAGUUGGGCUUUGAGAAGUUAGAUGAUAUAAUUGGGAGAACAGAUAUUCUAAAACCAAGAGACAUCUCAUUGAUGAAAACUCAACAUCUUGAUCUAAGCUAUAUACUCGCCAGUGCCGGUUUACCAACAAUGAGCAGCACAGCCAUCAGGAAGCAGGAAGUUCAUACCAAUGGACCUGUGCUGGAUGAUCAAAUACUUUCAGAUCCUGAGAUCAUUGAUGCAAUUGAAAACGAAAAGAUUGUAAACAAAACUGUAAAGAUAUUUAAUGUGGACCGAGCUGUUUGUGGCCGUAUAGCAGGUGUCAUUGCCAAGAAAUAUGGUGACACUGGUUUUGCUGGCCAGCUGAAUUUAACCUUUGAGGGGAGUGCAGGUCAAUCUUUUGCAGUCUUUCUGACACCUGGAAUGAAUAUUCGCCUUGUUGGAGAAUCUAAUGACUAUGUAGGAAAGGGUAUGGCUGGAGGCGAGUUAAUAGUUACUCCUGCAGAAAAUCCUGGAUUUCGCCCAGAAGAUGCUACAAUUGUUGGGAAUACCUGUCUAUAUGGAGCAACUGGAGGUCAAAUAUUUGUAAGAGGUAAAGCCGGGGAACGUUUUGCUGUAAGAAAUUCGCUUGCUGAGGCAGUUGUUGAGGGUACUGGUGAUCACUGUUGUGAAUAUAUGACUGGUGGUUGCGUUGUCAUACUUGGAAAAGUUGGUAGAAAUGUUGCUGCCGGCAUGACUGGAGGUCUGGCAUAUAUACUUGAUGAAGAUGAUACACUCAUUCCAAAGGUAAACAAGGAGAUAGUGAAAAUCCAGAGGGUGACAGCUCCUGUUGGGCAAAUGCAACUGAAGAACCUAAUUGAAGCCCAUGUUGAAAAAACUGGAAGUUCGAAAGGUGCUAGUAUUCUAAAGGACUGGGACAAGUAUCUUCCACUAUUUUGGCAGCUGGUUCCACCAAGUGAAGAAGACACUCCUGAGGCAUCUGCAAUGUUUGAGCAGAUGACUAGUGAGGGGGCCAGUUUACAGUCUGCAUAGAGAGAAUUGCUGAAAGACCUUGUGUCUUCACCUACAGAUGUCCAGACUCUUAGUCACAGUUUGCUAACAGUGAUUGGAAGAAGAAGAAGAAGAAGAAGAGCCUCAGCUGCCCCUUAAGUUGAAUUGAAUGUAUAGGAUUGAUUUUGGAGGCCUGCAAAGGCCUAACUCUGCGUCCUCAGCUGAGUUUCAUUGGCAAAAGAUGAAGGUCUUCGACUUGAGACCUGAUCCAUUCAUGAAAUGGCUUACUGUGAGGAGAACUGUAUAUAAUGCAACUGUAAAUUCUCUCAUACUUGCCUAUCCCUUAUUUUACUCGCGAUCUCAUAUUAAAUACUAAAGGUUCAGGUGAUCUUUUUUGCAUCAUCUUGAUCUUAAUUGCUAUUUGUAGACCUGCAGACAAGUGCUGCCUGUAAUUUAUGGAUCAACUUGUCCAGAUUUUGAAUAAUUUGAAUGAAUCCUUUAUUUUUUGGGUCAA